UACUUUUGUUCUUAUCAAAUUUUAAUUUAUUUAUAAGGUCUUGUGAUUAGUUUUGGCAACUUACAUAAUUUUACCACCAUGAUUACUUGUUACUUCAUUUUUUAGAAUGUACAGUGACCAAUUAUAACAAUCUAAAAUUCAUUUUUUAAUUGAGAGGUCCAGUUUUGAUGAUGUAUAGACUUAAACCACAAGUUUUAGAUAAUUACUUGUAGGUUUUGUAUUUUAACUGUUAAUUUCCCUUUUUAGAAAACUGAAUAUUUAUUAACUUUGGCGGUAUUGACUAUCUUUAAUCUUUUACUUUUAGGCACCGUUUGGAUUGAUGGAUUCUAAACGAUGGAUUUUAAACAAUCAAUAGAUUUGGACAAAAUCCAUCGUUUGCCUAAAAAAAAAUUAAUAGAAUCCAUGGAUUUAUAAAUUCCCUCAUUUUCUACAAUCCAUCAUUUUUGAGGGUUUUGAUUUCCCACCUACUAGGUGGGAAAGUCCAAAUCCACCAUUUUUUAUGAAUGAUGGAUUGUUAUACUAUUUAUUUUUUCCAUAAAUAAUGUUAAAAACCAUUAAUUUUAUUUUCAAUCCAAACGAUGGAAUUUUAAAAUCUAUGGAUUUAAAUUCCAUUGAUUUAGAAUCCAUCGAUUUUGUCAAAAUCCAUGGAUUUUAAAAACCCUCAAUGUUCUUAGUCUUUUUAUUUCUGUGCCCUGUUAUUUUAUAUUUCUACUGCCGUUUCUUCUUCUUCUUCAUUGAAAUUCAUUUCAACUUUACUUAGUUUUGAAUUUAUUUCAAUUUGAAAUGUGUAGUUGUUAGGUUUUGUGCCAGUUUCAGUUUUUCUUGUGGAUUUUGUUUGUUGGAAGUAAAUUGAAGCUCUUCUUACUACUGAAAUUGUAAAUUGAUGUUGUUUGUAAUCCUAUUACCUCUGCUCCAGCAACUGGUUGCUCAUUCUCUUUUAUCUCAUAGUUACAACAAGCUUCUUUGUACACGUUGAUCCUACAAGUGGUACUUGUUGAAAUCAAAUUAAUUUCCUAUUUUAAUGGAUUUGGUAGUGGAUAAAAGUUGGAUGAUCAAGCCUAGGCAUAGUGAUGAAUAUAGGAGAGGGGUUAGGACUUUUCUUGAUUUUGCUUUUCAUAAUGCAUCUGAAGAUGGAAGAAUUAUGUGCCCGUGUAGAAACUGUGUUAACCGGUAUUUGCGUUCAUAUAAUGAAGCUGAAAUACACUUAGUAUGUGAUGGCUUCAGGAAAGGGUAUACACAAUGGGUAUUUCAUGGGGAGACGCAUUUCACUAGCGGUACAACAUCUGCAGGUUUGCACACUUCUCCUAUUAAUAUAAUGGAAUCUGUUCAAGAUUGCACUAUGGCCGAAUCGAAUCCAUGGACAAUAGAUGAUGUAACUGGGUUGCUACAUGAUGCUUUCAAUGUAGCUAGGAAAACGAAUGAGGCUCCAUUAGAUACUGAUAGGGUUUUUAAUCCGGGAGAAACUGAGGAGUCUUCUAGUAACCGAAGGAGUCUUCUAGUAACCGAAGCAAGAAUUUCUUAUCAUCUCUUAAUCUAAAUAAGAGCAUUCUCUUUCAAGACACCGGGAUAUUUCAGAGGAAUAUGUAGUUCUUUUUGGACUAAUGGAUGGAGGAUUUGGAAGACUUCUUUCAUUUUUCUCACAAUAACUACUUCUUCCUCAAACUCUUUCCCUUCCUCUUCCUCUUUCUUCUUAAGGUGAUCCACUCCUUCAGUGUCUCUACCAGCAGCAUCGGUGGCAAGCACAACCUUGCCUCCAUCUUGUCUCACUAUUGCCAAUAUUAAGUUAGAGAAUCUGUCUUGAAUAUCCUCUACUAUCCUAUUUCUAGCUCUUCCACAUUAAAAUCUAUAUCUAGGAUGUGAGUAGGGACGUAUGAAACAUAUCUAUCACUAGAAUUCUUAGAGAAGACGUGGGAGAAGAAGACAACAUAGUUUGUAAAAAAGAACACAAAAUAGAAAAGAAAAUAUGGAGAAAUGGUAAUUUUGCUGAUGUUAGAAGAAGUUUUGAAGCUUUACUAGGAGAAUGGCAAACACGAAAUUGGAUCUUACACAUGAAAACAGACUAGAAGUCAACAAGAAUAGAGAGAAAAUAUAAAAGGUUCGGGAUAAGAAAAACAAAAAUGUAAAAAACAAGAAAGAAAUUACUGACCUUCUUUUAUUGGAAAAUAAAUGUGACGGUUGAGUGCUGUACAUCAUGUCUUAACUUCCUCGACAAGAUAUUUAUUGUGGAAAUUUAAGAGAUGUGACUCUUUCUAUUCUGA